AUUACACGCAUUCGCCCGUUCAUUCGCCUGUCUUCAUUUUAUUUAAUAUCUCUAAUUACGUCGUUUCCAAACUCUUCACGUGCACGCAUAUUCCGCUCUGUUCUGCUACGCCAGCCCCGCCAGCCGCAUUGGGAAACCGAUGCAGUUCUUUUUGAAACAGCCACUCAUUCGCUGAAAUGGAAAAUUACAGAAACCAGCCGGAUUCCGAAGAGAAUGCCUGGUCAACCGUCUUGACCGCGCUUCCGACCUCGGGCGCAAACAUGAAUUCGGAAGAGGAGCAAGAGUAUGAGAACGAGAACGAGAAUGAGGAGCCUGCGCCAGCCACAUUGCCGGUGGCGACAGCGCGGAGCAUGUCUUCGAACAACAGCCGGACACCGCAACUAAAGGCUGCCGCGCACAGCCGCGGUCUAACAAGCACGCUCAGCGGACGCAGGCAAAGGCAGGAGCUGCUAUCACAUGACAUACAUCAGCAACACCGCUCGCCAUCAGCCGCGAGCACAGCACCAGACAUGUUUGACUCACAGACGCCGAUCGACGCGCCGCCGGCUUUUGCCACCCGUCGAAACAGCAGUCGCGCUGCGCAGGACUCCCUCGGCAAAACCAACAACAACUGGCGCCCAAAGGGCAGAGCGCGUGGAGUGACAGCUCGCGUCGCACCUCUGGCUACAAAAACACAAGCAUUGGGCCAGAGCCGAUACAGUCUUUGGAAAUGCCGAUGAGGAUGACGACGAUGAAGAUGCGCCGCCGCCAGAGUCGCUUUUGGUUGAAGUCUCGCCACAGAAGCACAGCGAGCCCCCCGCCGCGCCUGUGCGCCGGUACACAUUCUCGCGGGAGCAGGGGAUCAACUGGGCCAACGCGCA